GGUAACAGGUUGUUUCAAAAGCGAAGUUGUUCUUCUGUGUAGAAGUAUUUUAUUUUUGAGGUGCUGGAAUUUUAUUAUAUUUUAAGUAAUACAAGGUGUUCUAAAAGUUAAGUUCAUUUAGCCGAAGGUACCACAGAGGACCAAACACCGAGAAAGAAUACGGAUUCUCCUAACUUAACAGCAGGAUGACUGCCGCCUCGUCAGACCAGAAGUCUCAGCUGGACUAUGGGGUCCAAAUCCGCUUUAUCGAUGACCUCCACAACACCGGAGGCGGCGCUUCUGUCAGGCCUCGGGGCAGCAGCAAAGGCGCCUCCAGCAACACCUCCUCCAAGUAUGGUGUGGCGGUCAGGGUGCAAGGGAUCGCAGGACAGCCCUAUGUGGUCCUCAAGGGAGGCGAGAAGGGGGACUCCUAUGGGGUGCAACUGAGAACCCAGCCCCGAGACUACAACUUCCCCCCAGCUUAUAAUAGUCUACCCCGGACUAACGAGGAUGGAGAGGCCCCCGGACCAUACCACAUGCCCGCUGAGGGGAGCAGCCUCCGCCGUGCACGUUCACAUGGGUCAUUGUUGGAAAGGGAACCCAUAGAGGACUAUGAGGAACCUCUAAGGAGACCCCCUGGGGAUGGGCACUCAGGAAGUUAUGGAAAUUUGGAUGGGGGUGUUGGUGUAAGAGGUGACAGAAGGGAAUCCAACCCCAUGCUCUCAAAUAGAAUGGUCCGGGCCAACUGGACUGGAUCAUACCAGGCAGGUCUCAAUGGGUCUUUAGAUGGACAAGAAGGAAGGCCGGUGACCCAGUACAGGUCCAGGGGGGCCUUCCCAGUGCCAUCUACAGGUAGUGCUUGGGAGCAGCCCAGUAGUGUCGUGGAUUCGAACUCCUUGGCGCCCAUCAACCGACUCAUCGACCAGUUUGACAGCAGCAGUUUUGGUGGUCAAGCCAGGGGGCGCCCUCGAGCUCUGGAGCGGCUGAGUUCCGAGGAACGCAGGCGUGCACGCAGUCUGGAUGCCUACGAGAAUGUGUCAGAAAGCUCAGUGUCGCCCUCUGUCUCAGCAUCCCCUCCAGACCAUAACAGUUCACCGCUGUCGUCCAGCACAUCCCCCUACAGCAGCCCAGGGCGGAGUGCUGCAUCUGUGGCCAAGGUGACAGCCCUGCCGGCUUCGAGGCCAAACUACAACCAAUCUGUUGGGAUGCCUGUUGCCAGGGAGACCGCUCCACUCACUCAGACAGACGCACAGGCAACUCCUGACCUGCUGAAGGACAAGGACCAGAGCUUGGAACCACUGGGGGAAGCAGAGAAGGCAAAGCAGAUGAUCUACACCAUUCUGAGAGAUGGGAACAAUGAAAGUGUUUCAGCCACCAAACGCAAAGUCGACCUAGUCUUUGACAAGAUUCAGGGAUUGAGGUCCAGUGGAUCCGCUAGUGAAAUUCCCAGCGAGGCUUGGAGAAAGGAGAAGAGGGAUCUGGAGAGGAAACUGGCAGACCUGCAGUCUACCCUCCAAGAGGAGCGCAGGAACGCUCAGAAAGCCAGCACAGAUCGGAACCUGAAGGCAGAGCUCGAGAACUGUCUGGAUGACAACCUGCAGCUGAAGGAACACCUGGACAGGAAGAAGACGGAGCUGGACCAGGCCCAGACUGACCUCACACAGCUGAGGAUCGAAAGGGAGUCAGCUGAGUCACGGGUUCGAGACCUGGAGGACCAGAUGGCUGGCUUGCAGGAGGAGCUGAGGAGGGAGUCAGAUGACAGAGAGCAGCUGGACCUUCUGCACACGGACCUGAUGUCGGUGAGAGCGGAGCUGACAGAGGCGGUCAUGGUGCGACAGCGCCAGGAGGAGGCGCUGCGGCAGCGUGAGAGAGAGCUCACUGCCCUGAAGGGAGUGCUGAAGGAUGAGGUGUCUUCCCAUGAUAGCCAGAUUGAGGCUCUGAGGGAGCAAUACCAGCAAGACAUGGAGAAACUGAGGAGCAGUAUGGAGCAGGUUUCAGUGUCCCAGCUCAGCAUUGAGGCGGAGCGCCAGCGGGUCAACUCCACCAUGCGUUCCCUUCAGCAGCAGCUGGAGGACUGCAGGGAGGAAAGCAGCCACUGGAGGGAGCAGUUCCAGUCCAACCGAGAUGAGCUGCGGAGCAACAAGCAGGAGUUGUUACAGGCUCGUUUGGAGAAGGAGGAAUUAGAGGAGGAGACUAAGGAGCUACAGGACAGGCUGACUACAGUAAAGGAACAAAUGCCUGAUCCCAGCCACAUCAACACCCUCACACAGGACUUGGAAAAAUGUCGAGCUGAACUGAAGCAGGCCAAAGUCGACCUGGAGAAGCAAAAGCUGGAGUGUGACAAAAAGAGGAUGGAGUUACUUUCAGUAAAGAAAACAAAUCAAGAGCAAGAAGCAGACCAGAAAUACGAGAUUGACAGACUGAAGGACCAAUCACGGAAAGACAAAGAGGAUCUUGCCAAAGCACUGGAUAAAGUAAAGCAGCGGCCGGACCCUUCCGUGGUGGAGGAGCUCCAGAAGGAGCUGCAGGAGUGGCAGUCCCGGGCAGAGAGGCUGCAGGAGAACACGGCCGAGGCUGAGCAGCAGCUGCAGGAACAGAGGCAGCGACUGGCUGCUGCACAGACAGAGCUGCUGACGCUCAGAGAUGCUGAGCAGGAGCUGCAGGAGGCCAAUGUCCGACUCAAGGAAAAGCACAGCCGCCUGGAGGUACAAAUGCAGACAAGCGCAUCCCAGAACUGUGAGACUGAGCAGGUGUUGGAGGAGCAGAUUCGGAGUCUGCGAAUGCAGCUGGAGGAUUCCCGGCGUAUGGUGACCCGGCUGAGCCAGGAGAAGGAGGAGCUGAGCCAGUAUCAGCGGGAGCGAGAACGAGAGAGGGAAGCACAGCGCAAGGAGGCUUCCGAGUUGGAGGAGCAGAAGAGAGCACUGGAGCGAGCGCUGGACAAAAUGAACAAAGAGAUGGAGCAGCUGAGCUUGGAAUCACAGCAGCAGGUGCGGUUACUGCAAGCCCAAGUGGACGAAUAUAAGGAGCGCUGCAGAAAGGAGGUGCAGGACGCCCAGCGGCAGGGCAGGGAGCGGCAGGCGGAGCUGGAGAAGGUUCAGGGUAACCUGAGAUCCCUGCAGGAGGAGGUGUCCCGUCUGAAGAAGGAGCUGUCACUCUCCACGGAGGAGAGGGAGACCCUCCAGCUGGACAAGGAGCUGCUCGGCAAUCGUCUCAAAAACAUAGAGGCGGAGAUGGAGUGUCAGCGUGGCUCUCAGACAGACCGGAGCAGGGAAGUACGGAGCUUGGAGGAUAAAGUGAAACACCUCCAGAUGGAGGUAGAUGAGGAGAGACACACCGUGGAGCUGCUCACGGAUCGUGUUUCACGCAGCCGCGACCAGAAUGAGCAGCUGCGCGCCGAGCUUAUGCAGGAGAGGUCAUCCAAACAGGAUUUGGAGUUGGACAAGAACUCCUUGGAACGACAGAUUAAGGACCUGAAAUCCCGCCUAACGGACAUGGAGGGACAGUCCCGCUCUUCAGCGGGAUACUCCCAACUGGAAAGCAAGGUUCAGGAGCUGGAGGACCAGCUGCACAGUGAGGAGAGAGAGAAGAACACCCUGCUGGCCUCACAGCGUCGUCUGGAGAGGAAGCUGAAGGAGCUCAGUAUCGCCCUGGAUGAGGAGAGGCAGCAGCACACUGACCAGCGAGACCAGCUGACCCUGCGCAUGAAGGCUCUGAAGAGGCAGGUAGAUGAGGGUGAGGAGGAGGUGGAGCGACUGGAGGGGCUGCGCAAGAAGACGAUCAGGGACCUGGAGGAGCAACUGGAGAUGAAGGAAGCCCUGCAGAGCCGGGUCACGGCGCUGGAGUCCGAACUCAAGCGGAAAGUACAGCAGUCGCACCGGGCAGCACUGGACCACAGCACCCUAAGCUCCGAUGAUGACGACGAUGAUGGACUCUAUGAUCAUUCCAGCAUAACCUCUAUAUUAACUGAGGGCAACCUGCAGACCAGCUCUUGCUAGAGAAAAGGAGGGAACACAUAUAUUGGAUAAAGCACGUAGCAAUCACAAUGGUCAUUACACAGUCACUGUGGUGACACUGGACAUAUGACAUUACACUGGACACUGCAUCUUCAGACAAAAUAGUGGACCUGAUAAGGCAUGAGCAGGGAGGCUUAGUUGCUAGUGGAAAAAAUACAAACCUAGUAAACGCUAUAAUAAACUGACAUUAUGCUUAGUAACGGAAUCGAGGUAAAUAGAAAUAUAAUCUACCGAAUGGUGGAUAUUUUAGGUUAGAUACAGGUCACUAACAAUAGGGGGAGCUGUUCCUUCUUCACAUACUUUAAUCGAAGACGGAGUUGGCAUUUACAUGGGAAAUAUGAGUUUACUGUACAGAAGAUGGUUUGGCUUGGACUCCACUCCAAAAGCAGAUGACCCUGGAGAUCCUUAGAUUUUAAGGUUCUCCACAAAGUGGGCCCUCUGACAUCUUCAUGUCUUGCUGCCCAGCUCUGUCUUGUACGGGAACCCAGCUGCACCUAUCGGCUGUACAGAAAUACUCUCCUUUGGUCUCACAUUGGUACGCUGUACAAAUCUGACUAUGGUUUUGAUAUGGUUAUUCUUUGCAAGCAAUCUUUUCAAUGUUUUUGCACAGAUGGUACGAUAUGUUGUACUUUACGUUCAGUAUGAGUGAGUAAUGAGUGACAUAAUGUAUUCAGAAUCUGCCAAAUGAACACAAAAGCAGUCUAAGUACAGACCAUUACACUGUUUACUUCUGUUGAACCCUGCAAUUCUGUUUUAACCAAAUUCGAGUCAACCUGCACUAAACACUGGAUUCCCACCAUAUUACUUGUUCUGGCAACAUAUUUUACUGAAUAUACAUUCGGGUAUUUUUCCCCAUUUUAUUAUCUCUGUUUUCUUUAUUUUAAAAUCAAGCACCUUUAUGAAUUUUGUGUAAUCUCAGUUGACUCUUCUUUAGCAGUCAAGUCUUAACAAUACUGUUCAUAAUGCCAUACUUUUUCAAUGUUUUGAAAUGAUUAAAAUUAUACAUGAUUAUUGUAACUAUUUAUUAGUAUGCUGAAUACUGAACAGCAGUUUAAAUAUUUAAUGAGAAGUCACUACACUACAAUCAGUAUAAUCCAUUUCUGCAAUGAUUUUAUAAUGGUUGAUUUUACUUGAACGUUUGUUUACUGAUUAAAUAUUUUGUAUCUUUUAGUUCAGUGGUUGUCAACCGGUCGACCGUCAGGAUAUCUAGAUAUUUUUAGCCGAUCGCAACAUGCCCCCCCUCCAAGUAUCGGUGAAAAUACGCCGAAUGGAUACCAUUGUGAUCUGGUAGCUCGCCAGAGUGUUUACUUUAUAUUAAUAUCUCACCGUAAAAAGGUUGGAGACCAUCGUUUUACCUUUUAAUGUGGUGUAACCGUCUUCUGGAAUUGGCCCACAAUUAUUACACAAAUCAUUUUAAACUGUGAAAUUGUUUACAGCAUUUAGUCAUCUUACCUUUUCAGUUAUAUAUUUUUGAAAAUAAAGUAAAAUGCUAUAAAUGAGGAA